AUGGCGGACCCUUUUGCUGAUUUAUUGACAUCGUUCAAGACAGGGCCAAAUGAGAGGGAAAAUUCAGGGACAGCGCAAUCUAAUACCACCAGUAGAAAUCUCUCAAUGAAUGAAUUAUUGAAUAGUAGCUCCAAUGUUAAAAAUUCAAAUCUAGAUGUAUUGCAACCAAAGGCAAAGAACGUCGACAUGUUGAAUAAGAGCACCUCUGUACCAUCUAAUGUUAUAAACAACAACAAGAAUUUAUUGGAUGAUUUCGACGAUCUGUUUGGUCCUUCAAAACCAUCUGUAACUACGAAUACGUUUAAAGGAACAGAUCAGGGCGAGAGGGACGAUUUAGAUGAUAUAAUGGACAUGUUUGAUUUCACACCUUCUCCAUCUCACUGCAAUCAAGAAGUGAUGCCUUCAAAGACAAAUGCAGAGGCUCAGUCUAGCUCCAAAAACGAAGUUAUCGUCGAUGAGGUCAAAGAUAUGGAAAUAGCGAAACUGAUGUCAUUGGGAUUAUCAAUAGAUGAAGCUAUCAAAUCGUUCGAACACGGAAUCCUUUAUGAUACAGUUGCUUCAAGACAACAAGCUGCACAAAGAUUUUCAAGUUCAUCAAAUAGAAGAGGAACUCCUAUUGCAAACUCAGGAACAAAUAAUUCAUCAGGAGGUGGUCUUUUUUCAAGCAUAAUAGGUAAAAGUAAACAAUUAAUAGACGAUUGGACUGUAAACCAUGAUGAAGAUGAUAGGUUGUUUAGAAAUACCGAUUUUAGCUCUAGUACGCAUAGAGGUUAUUCUAAUUCUGAAAAUUCUACAUCUAAUUCUAGAAACUCUACAUCUAAUUCUAGAAACUCUACAUCUUAUUCUAGAAACUCUAUGUCUAAUUCUCUGUCUAACUCAAUCAGUAUAAGUGAUAGCAUAGAACAUGGAAUAACUCAUAAACAGAAAUCUCCUGCCGAUUUAACUUCAAAUGAACUCGAAGGUGAUUUGUUAGAUAGUUUUGAAGAAAACAUAGUAAUUGGAGAAUCUUUUACGAACAUUCCACCACGUAUUACUGAAAGACAAAAACCUAAUGAUGAAAGAAUACAAGAUAACACAUUACUAGAUUUUGGAAAUGAAGAUUUAAGUAGCCCCGCCAAUGUUUCCAUAUCAUCAUCAGGGCAAGAAUGUAUCCCGGUUAUCUCUAUCAAUCAAAUCGAAUUAUCAGGUUAUAAUGAAUUUAAAGAUCGUGGUACUGAGUACUUUAAGAAAGGUGAUUACGUAUCUGCUACCGAACAAUACGAGAAAUCUUUAAAUAGUUUAUCAAAAUUGCAUCCUUUAAGGAUAAUUGCGUCUUCCAAUUUGCUUGCAUCUCUUCUUAAAACAGGUGACUAUACGUCAAUGAUAACAAUAUCCACUUCUGCUCUUGAUCUUUUUCCAAAAGAAAGCAAAUUAUGGGAUAAUGUUAUUCAAAACUCAGAACCCUCCAAAACUUAUAAGGAAAUAUGGUCCAAGUUAGUAGCAAGACGUGCAGAAGCCUUUGAAUUUAUAGAAAACUAUCAACAAGCAUAUGAUUCAUAUCAACUUUUAAUUGAAAAUAAUAUAUUUAAUGAAAAGAUUAUGGCUGGUAAGUUAAGGUGCCAGAAAGUAUUGAACCCAGAGACACACAAUAAACCUCUCAAAAAACUAGUUGCUACAACAGCUGAAACCAAGACUUCGCAAACAAAAAACAUUGUCAAUACUCAAUCAACUUCCUCAGGAAAUUUAAAGAAAAUCCAAGAACAAAAUAAAAGAACUGAGAAAUAUGAAGAAGAAAAGGAAGCCCUAUAUGAUGUAGUUGAACAAAAAGUCAAUGCAUGGAUUGCCGGAAAAGAUGAUGAUAUUCGUCACUUAUUAAGUAGAUUACAAAGAAUAAUAACGUGGACUCAAUGGAAUGAGGUUGCAAGUUCUGACUUAGUUAUGCCAAAGAAAGUUAAAAUAACAUACCUGAAAGCUGUUGCCAAAACACAUCCGGAUAAAUUACCAAGUAAUCUUGACACUGAAUCCAGAAUGUUAGCAGAAAAUAUAUUUAGCAUCUUGAGUAAAAAUUGGGAAAAAUUUAAAGUAGACAAUAAUAUAAGUUAG